GGCGCCGACGGGUCGCGGGCGCUGAGGAGCAGCCGUUACGGUCGCUGGGCUCGCUUCGCUCGGCCGCUGCGUUUGCGUCCCUGCCUCGGCCGUUGAGGAGGAGGCGGCGGCCAGGCUGGGGUCAGUGGAAGCCGAAGGAUGGCCGAAGCCCCGGGACCGCCAGGCGACGAGGUGGCGACCCUGCGGGGGAAAGUGGCUGCGCUGGAGUCGGAGCUGGGCGCCUGCCAGAGCCGCCUGGAGCGGGAGAAGAAGCUGCGCCUCAAAGCCCAGGCCAGCGCCGCCAAGUUACGGAGACGGAUUGAAGAACUCAAGAAAAUCAGUGACGGAGAAAGAUAUGAGAAGGCAACAUCCAAUGUAGAAGUGCAAACCGAAGAUGCUGCUGAAUGGUCACAUGAAGGCUAUUACUAUUUUCAUAAUUAUUAUUAUAAUAGUUCUGAUCCUCAUGAGCUAAAUGGAGCACAAAUACAGCCAAGUUAUGAUAAUGAAGGAUCAAACUCUGAUUGUGCAGAUCAGUUACAAUUAGGUGACCAGCCAGAUGUUAAUGGCACAGAGCAUUGCGAGGUUGGAAAACAGGAUGCUGUGGUUCAUAACAUGCAGAAACCAGAAGAGCCUCUAUUAACAGAAGGUACAUUAGCAGAAAACUUGAGGGCUGCUGCAGAGGCUGCUGUGUCACAAACAGGAUUUAUAUAUGAUGAAACCACCGGAUUAUAUUAUGACCACAGCACUGGAUUCUAUUAUAACUCGGAAAACCAACUAUAUUAUGAUCCAAAUACUGGAAUUUAUUACUAUUGUGAUGUUGAAAGUGGCCGAUAUCAGUUCCAUUCACGAGUGGAUCUACAGUCUUAUGAAACAGCAACUGCUCAGUAUAGCAAAGACAGGAAAGGCAAAAAGAAGAGGAAAGAUGCAGAAUGGCCUAGGGCGAAUGAGCUUAAGGACUUGAAAACAGAUGAGCAGAAAUCAUCCAGCAAUCUGAAUUGCCUUUUUACCACCAAUGAGCUAAGUUCUCCAGAAGAAGAAAAAGGUCCAAAUCUGAAAAAGGCUAAGGUGGACACUGAUACAAGAAACAGCCUAUCAGCCAAAGAAUCAAUUACCACAACUGGCACCAAUUUACGUUUUGAGAACACACAAUGUACUGCUGUGAUAGAGGAUAGUAAAACAGAGACAGAGAGUGAGCCUGAAGAAGGGGAAAUUACAGACUCUGAAGAGGAGGACUAUAGCAGUGAAGAUGAAGUAACAAGUGAAGAAACUGUAAAUUCAGAAGACACUGACAGUGAAGGCGGAGACAAGAUUUGGCCCCCUUGUAUUAGAGUGAUUGUGAUUAGAUCACCAGUACUGCAAAUGGGAUCUCUGUAUAUCAUCACAGCUGUCAAACCUGCCACAAUUGGAAGAGAAAAAGAUAUGGAACAUACACUGCAGAUUCCAGAGGUUGGAGUUAGUAAGUUUCAUGCAGAAGUAUACUUUGAUAACGAAUUGCAAAGUUACGUUCUUGUGGAUCAAGGCAGUCAGAAUGGUACUGUGGUUAACGGAAAUCAAAUUUUACAGCCUAAAACAAAGAGUGAACCUCAUGUUCUGGAACAUGGUGAUGAAGUGAAAAUUGGGGAAACGGUUUUAUCCUUUCACAUACACCCUGGGAGUGAAACCUGCGAUGGAUGUGAACCAGGGCAAGUCAGAGCCCAUCUUCGCCUUGAUAAGAAAAGUGCAUCUUCAAUUUGCACUGUUCUGACAAAAGAAGAGAAGGAAUUGGUUAGAAGAAAAGAAUUAAAACAAAUUCGUGUUAAGUAUGGCUUGCAGAAUACAGAAUAUGAAAAUGAAAAAGUUAUAAAAAACCCAAACUACAAAGACAGAGCAGGAAAACGCCGUGAGACAGUUGGAAGUGAAGGAAACUUUCACAGAGAUGAUGCUCCAGCCUCUGUACAUGUUGAAAUUAGUGAUAGCAACAAAGGUCACAAAAUGUUGGAGAAGAUGGGAUGGAAGAAAGGAGAUGGGCUCGGAAAGAGUGGUGGCGGAAUGAAGGAUCCGAUCAAACUUCAGCUGCACAGAAAGCAUGCAGGCUUAGGUUCAGCUACUCCUACAUCUGCAGAAGAGGUUCAGAUCAUCAGCACCAAGAACAGAAGGAACUGGGAAAAAGCAAGAGAGAGAUUUGCAGAAAAAUUUCAGGAGCCUAAAACACAGAAAAAUGCACCAAAGGAUCUGACUUGGGUUAGAGAAACUGCAGAGUGACAUUCAGCAUUUAAUGUUACCUUGGUUAAAUAGAUUUUUAUUUUAUGCUAAAAUGGAAGUUGGAUUAUUUGUAUAUUUCUUAGACUGCUGUAUUGGCUAGUUAUCUGCAAUACAUGGUUGGUUUAUAUGUUUUCAUUUUUCUUUAAAACACAAAACGUGUGACUGGCCCAGGACUUGGUUGAAUGGAUUUUGAUAUUAAACUUUCAGAACUUGUGGGUAAUUUAUGAGGGAAGACAUUUUAACCCACCUAGUCAGUGAAUUGAUAUAUUCAUUAAUCUAUUCUUGGACUCUUCAUGGAUCUCAUAGAAAUGUGUGAACUGAUGCAAAAAAAAAAAAUGCCUUGUGUAUAUGGUUAAAGUCCUUUGAGAAUUUUUGUAGCAAAAGAGGGAGCAUUAUUGAUAUGCUUCACCACUUCACUAUUAUAUGAAAUUAACCAAGAUUUUCUAACAACCUUAUUUUCUUCUGUGAAGGACAUUAUUGAGGGUUAAGUAUUCAUCUUGUUGUAGUCUUGAGGUAGCAUGUUCAGAAACUGCCGUGAUAUACAAAGCUGUAAUACACUUUUAAGAAUUGUUACUACAGAAUUUAUAUGGGAGGAUUGUGACUGAUUGCAGAUUUCCUGGCUGGACUCAAGAAUUCUCCUUGAAAGGUUAGCAUACAAUUCUAGCCUAAUUUUUCAGUGUGCAUUGGGUUCCAAGAAAACUAUAUUCAAUCAUGCAUUUUUUCCACCUGCAUUCCAAGAGUUCUGUACUACAAUUAUUCUUAAAGUGUAAAUUGGUCCUAAAAUAGAAACUGCUAUCUGAUUACUAUGUAAGUCUUCAAGCCACUCUGAAAUAGGCCGUUUUGAAAUCAGUGGAGUGGCUUCGAAUCUCGGCAGACGAGCAUUAUUUAUUAACCUGUUGGGCCUGUUCUGUAUCCAUUGCUGGCAAUGGAGUUUAGGCCAGGAAUCUUGGUUUACUUUUGUUUCAGGGCGGAGGUUGAACACUUAUUUAUUGAAUGUUAAUAAAACAGUGCUUUCAACA